CUCUGAAAGCACUCAAAGGCCAGUAGUAGGACGGAAGGGGCUCCUCUUUCAAGCUAAUUUCGUGCUGAUUACGAUUAUGGCAUACCAUCAUCAAAAAGAUCGUUCCUUUCCUCUACCCUAGUUUUCUUUUCUUGGCCAGUUCCUGAAUUAAUAAUGACGUUGUUUUUAUACAGAAAAGGCAACAGCAUCUUCAAAAUGAGAUCAAUUGUAGUAAAUUCAACAAGUUUCUUCAACACGAGAUCAUCAUCUUCAUCGUCCACUCCAACCAUCCUUAAAAUCGGGGAAAUUUUUCGAGAAUCAAGGACUUUUUCAGAUGAUGAUAUCCUGCAAUAUUCAAGGCUGAGCUUUGACAGAAACCCUCUGCAUUUUGAUGUUGAUUGCGCCAGAAGUGCUGGGUUUGAAGAUCGAUUGGUUCCUGGAAUACUCGUUGCUUCUCUCUUUCCCAGGAUUAUAGCCACUCAAUUUCCAGGAGCUCUGUAUGUAUCACAAAACUUGAAAUUUCAGUUACCUAUCUAUGUUGGGGAAGAAAUCAUAGGUGAAGUAGAAACAACUCAUAUAAGACCUUUCAAGGAUAAGUACCUGGCAAAAUUCGUAACGAAAUGUUACAAAGAUGGUGGCAGAAUCGUUAUAGAUGGAGAUGCCAAGGCUCUGUUAACAAGUCUAUCCCUGAAGGGAGAAUCAUGCACAAGGCCGGAAUAAGCAUUAGAGCUCAAAUCUUGCUCGAUUAUUCGUUUGCGUGUGGGGGGGGAUUGUUGUGCAUUUUACAAGUGUAACUGGAAAAUGUUUAACCUCAUCUUUCUCUGUAGCAGUGUAAAGAAGUUACUACUCCUUCAAUAUCUAUUCACUGUAUAAUAUUUAGAUACUUUUGGUGUAUAAGUUGUGGCUGCCUAAGUUACACCUUCAAUUGCCUUCCUGAAUUUGUUUAAGUGUAUCACACAAUCAAGCACCAUCUGAUCCCAAAAGAGCAAUUCCAAGUGUGUUUAAUUCAAACCAAGUUUAAAUUUCAAAAACUCAUUAUAAUGUAUUUCUGCUUGUCAAACAUAAACAAAAAAAAGUAAGAAAGGUGCUUGAAUUUGGUAAAGAGUAAAAAACUAAUGCCAUAAAUAUUAUUAUUCCUUUCUCAAAAGUCAAAACAGCUUACAACAAAAUUCAGGGGCAAUCAAUCGCACACUCAUUGACAAUAUUCAGCCUUAGCCUAGCCUAGCUAACAAGCAUAAUGGUUACACAUGAUUUGUUUUCAUUGGUCUUUCACUCAACCCUCAAAAGGGGCAGCAUUACUAUUUUAUUAGACAGUAAGUCCUUGUGGAGCAGCAGCUACACCAGCCUUAGGCUUAGGCUUCUCUACUACAAUGGCUUGAGUGGUGAGUACCAUUCCCGC